AUCUGCCAAGAGGCAAAAUUCAAACAGCCGCUAACAUCAGCUCGUUGAUGCGCUAGCUUGAGCCGGAUCGCUGUAAACGCAGCAUUGAAUAAUAUAAACAACAUGGAGCUAAUGAAGGAGGAUUUAAAAAUUUACUUCUUUGAGAACAGAAUAGCAACAUAUUCCGGGUGGCCGUUUGAUGAAGACUGCGCCUGUACGUCCGAGAAUAUGGCCAAAGCUGGUUUCAUCCACACUCCAACUGACAACAGUCCAGAUGUGGCUCAAUGCUUUUUCUGCUUCAAAGAGCUGGAGGGCUGGGAGCCUCAGGAUGACCCUGUCAAGGAACACAAGUCUCACUCCCCAGCUUGCAAUUUCAUUCUGCUUAAAAAAACUGUGGACGAGCUCACCGUGGAAGAGAUUCUGAAGCUGCAAAAAGAAAGACAGAAGUUUCACAUUAAAAAAACCUGCAAACAAGUUAUUGAGAAAUUUGAAGAAUCUGCAAAGUCAAGAAGAGCUGACAUUAUCAAAAUAGCCAUGGAGGGAUGAUUAUAGUCGUUAUAUUUUUAGUUUUUUUUCUGCCAUGAACUCUGCCAAAGCUAUGCUUUUAUCUUUCUGUGUACUUUUUCUCAAGCUUUGUGUCAUUUUCUAAAAGAUCAGUAUCCAUGAUAUUGCAACGAUUUAUUUUUCUACAUUCAAACAUGUCUUAUAAGCUUUCAUAUUAUUGUUCAUGCAUCCAAAUCCUCUAAACUGGACUUUUGUAUUGUGGCUAGCACUUUGGCAGACUUGCACUAAAUUUGUUUAAUGUUAUGUUUUGUGUACAGUAUUUUUGUGUCUUUGUCUAAAUUGUGUAGGUUAUUUCUCCUUUCAUUACAGCAUUUAAUACUACAUCCAUACUAGAUACAUCAACACUCAUACGCCACAUUUAGUAACAGGUUUUCAUGUGAAACAAAAUAAAAGCCAAGCAGUUGUGGAAGA